AUGACCGACAAGCUCCCCCCUAACUUGUUGGCGCUCUUUGCCGCGCGACCGCCGCUGCGAUGGGUAGAACCCUCUGACCAUGCGCCUGAGAAGCGCAGGACAGCUCCCAUUGGUGGCCUCGCCGCUUUUCUGCCCGAGCUGCAGAAGUACAAGGAGACGGAUGACUACAAGCCUACCGAGAGCUGGCUGGAGAUGCGCGAUCGGAAAAAGCGAGAGCAGAAGGAGGCUGCUGCAAGCUUGGUGACCGAGGGACCAAAACAAUUCAAACCCAACGAGGAUCCCAACAUCCGUGGCGAUGCCUUCAAGACUCUCAUUGUUGCCCGUCUCAGCUACGACGCUGAUGAGCGUGAUUUGGAAAGGGAGUUUGGACGGUUUGGUCCCAUUGAACGUAUUCGCAUUAUUGUUGAUACCCAUGCCCACGAGAAGCCUAAUAAGAAGAAGAAGCCACACAGGGGUUACGCAUUUGUCGUUUUUGAGCGCGAGAAAGACAUGAGAGCUGCCCUGGAUGCUUGCGAUGGUAUUCGCAUUAAAGACAGGCGCAUCAAGGUGGAUGUUGAACGCGGCAGGACUGCCAAGAACUGGCUGCCUCGCAGGUUAGGUGGCGGCCUCGGUGGCCGAGGCUAUACUAGAGCAAUGCCCUCUCGUCCUGGCGGUCCUGGAGGCUUUGGAGGAGGAGGAGGCGGAGGCGGCGGCGGCUUCCGUGGCGGCUUCAAGGGAGGAUUCGAAGGUGGCCGAGGAGGCCGAGGCGGUUUCCGUGGAGGCUUUGGUGGUGGCCGUGGAGGUUUCCGAGGAGGCGGUGACUUUGGCCCCCGAGGAGGCGACCGAAACGGCGGCUUUGGAGCGCCCAACGGAGCGCCAUCCGGUCCUGGAGGAUUCGACCGACGAAAUGGAGGUGACAGGGGCUUCUCCGGUGGUGGGUAUGAGUCUCGUGGUGGACGCUCAUAUGAUGACAGAUCCGGCGGUCACCGAGAUGGCGGCGGUCGAUAUGGUGAUCGUGAUCGUGGCGACCGCGGUGACCGCGAUCGUGACCGAGAACGUGGUGACCGAGGAGACCGUGGCGACCGAGACCGCGAAGGACGCCGUACUGGCAGCAACAUGGAACCCAUUGGCCGCAGAGAAGGUGGGUAUCGUGACAGGGACAGGGACUACGAUCGCCCUCGCGACGAUGACAGCCGGAAACGAGGAUACGAAGGCGGUGGCUACGAAGAUCCCCGGAAACUGCGUCGCUACUAA